AUGCCAGUUGCAGAUUGGGAGACAUAUAGUUUACUAUCAAAUAGGUUGAUACAAGAAGAAUUGACAUAUGAUCGUGUUACUCAGGAGAAAGAGAAUAACGAUUUGGUUAGUCAACUGACAGAUGAGCAAAAGGUAAUAUACGAGGAAGUGUUAACAGAUAUUGAGAGCAAAUCUGGUGGAUUUUUCUUCGUUUAUGGAUAUGAUGGUACUGGUAAGACAUUCUUGUGGAGAGCACUUUCAUCCGCUUUAAGACGGAAGGGUGAAAUUGUUCUAAAUGUUGCAUCUAGCGGCAUAGCUUCUCUUCUGCUACCAGGUGGUCGUACAACACAUUCUAGGUUCGCAAUACCUAUAUCUGUUAAUGAAGAUUCCACUUGCAACAUAAAACAAGGCACCCCGUUGGCUGAGCUUAUUAUGCAAAGCAAGUUGAUAAUAUGGGAUGAAGCUCCAAUGAUGCACAAGUUCUGCUUUGAAGCCCUAGACCGAACUAUGCGUGAUUUAUUGCGCUCCACAAAUCCAAGAAGCUGUGAGAUGACAUUUGGUGGUAAAACAGUUGUUUUGGGUGGCGAUUUUAGACAAAUUCUUCCAGUUAUUCCAAAGGGCACACGGCAAGAUAUUGUUGGAUCGAGCAUAAAUUCAUCAUACCUUUGGAGAUCAUGCAAAGUAUUUAGGCUAACAAAAAAUCUACGCCUAAGACGUGUAAAAUCACAAAUAGAGGCCAAAGAGAUUGAGGAGUUUGCAAACUGGAUAGCAGAUAUAGGUGACGGGAAAAUUGGAAAUUCAACGGAUGGUGAUGCAGAGUUAACAAUUCCAGAUAAGUUUCUACUUAAAUGUGAAGGUGAUACUAUCUCUACAAUUGUUGAUAGCAUUUUCCCGUUGUUUAGAAGCGUUAAUGGUGAUUUAUCAUACCUUGAGGAUAGUGCCAUAUUGGCACCAACAUUGGAUAUGGUAGAUAUCAUUAACCAAUACAUGAAUGAUCAAAAUCCAAGUGAAGCUAGGACUUAUUUGAGUUGUGAUUCGGUUUGCAAGUCCGAUUCUAAUGCAGAUAUGUUAGCGGAAUUGCACACUCCAGAAUUCUUAAAUGGUCUGCGAUGUUCUGGUGUACCUAAUCAUGCAUUGACUUUGAAAAUUGGGUCACCUGUUAUGCUCUUGAGAAAUAUUGAUCACACUCUUGGCUUGUGCAAUGGUACAAGAUUGAUUGUAACAAGAUUAGCUGAUCACGUGUUGGAGGCAAAAAUAAUGGGGGGUACAAAUGCAGGCGAAGAAGCUAACUUCAUGUCUCUGUGA